AUGGCCGCGUUCAAGUCGCAAGAUCUCUACGGCGGCGCCAUAAAAGCUCUAAUCCCAUCGACCUGGCUCGACGCAAGCAACCUCCGCCAAAUUCCAGACCACCAGGAACUUUUCCUAUCCCCUGUCACCCUUUCGACUCUCAUUUUCGAAAUAAAUGAGCGCGUUUCACGGGAAACAGCUCUCUCUGCCCUACAAUCCACCCCGAACAAAGAAGUUCUGGAGAUUCUAGGGCCCAAUCCCGAAGCUACACCCGAAACCAUAGAUAAAGCGGCAGCGUUGUACCAUUUGCAUGAUAUCCGUGACGACGAUGGCGAUAUCCUGCGAAUUGUAACCCCGCCGCACCAUGUCUCCAUGCAGCAAAUAUCUGGUGCGAGAGCAUAUAAAGGUGUGGUGCAGAUGACUUCGCCCACGGCACGCUCCGGUGUUGCGCCGUCUAUCGGAGGUGCUACGGCAGGGUCGAGUACAGAUGGAGGACUAGAAUCGAGUGUGACUGUUCAUUAUCUGCUUGUCAGACUCGAGGAACAGGAGAGCGAUUUUUUGGUUUUCUUCAACGUCCCGCACAAGGAGUUUAAUGAAAAGGGCGAUCCGAGAGGGCUGUCCAAAGAGGAGGAAUUAGCCAGUGGGGUCAUUGAUGAGUUGGCGGGGAAAUUGGAAAUUGCAGAUUGGGGUUUAUUUGGAGGGUAA